AUGUUCGUCAAUUGCCCUGUACACGGCCCUCAAGGCCAUGAUAACCGACCCCAGCUGCAGUCUGGUGGUCAAGAUGAAGCAGCAAGCGGCGGAUCUCGGCAGCAAUCUGGAGGCUUCCCGCAGCAAUUUUGCGGUCGAGGUCAAGCAGCAAGCGGCGGAUCCCAGCAGCCAUCUGGAGGCUUCUCGCAGCAAUUUUGCGGUCCAGUUGGCUUUAAGGCGCGCGGAGGACGUGGCGGUGGUCGCGGUGGCUUCCAGUCACGCGGCGGUCAUCAAGGUCACAACUCUCUCGACGAGCGUGAGCGGGAAUUGAAGCUGAGGCGAGAGGAGAUCGAGAUGAGGCGAGACGAGCUCGAGAUCCGCGAGAGGGAGAUGGAACUCCGACUCAAGACUGCCCACGAGCUAGUAUUAGGUCAUCUCUCCGGAACAGCGCCCACGCCCACGCCGACCUCGACUCCUCCCUAUCAGCAGCAGGGUAAGAGGAAGUUCGAUGGCGAUGACAGUUAUGGCCACCAACAGCCAUACAAGAAGAAAUGGAACAAGAACGUCGCUACGGACAAGCUGAGCAAUGCCGCUCAUCAGCACGUCCAGGGUCAGCAGCAGCAGCAACUGCAGCCGCAGCGACCGCAGCCGCAGCAACCGCAGCAGCGGCCACCACGGUGGAAGAGACGAUUGGAUCGGCAGCAGCGUUGGCAGCAGCAUUGGCAGCAGCCGCAGACUGGACCUGUAGAUGGCGAGGGUGAUAUGUCAAUGCAUGGCGAUCACGAAUCGACACCUGGUCAUGCCAUGGCUCCUCCAGCUAGCAUGGGUCCUCUACCAACUCCAGCCAGCAGUGGUCAGCAAGGUCCUGGGAACGGUGGCGGCGCAUUCGCCAACAUGGCCUUGCCUGUCGGCUCGGUUGGCGCUGCUCAAGGUGGUGGGGUGCAUCAACUCCGCGAUCAGCUACGUGGAGGAAGACCUGGUGAGGACGGAGAUGGUACGACAACUGUCGCACCGGAAACCGGGAUCGUCGAGUCUGCGGUUGUGGCGAGGUCGAGAGAUCCUGUCGACAAGCAGCUCGACGAGGAUCCGAUGCGCAAGUAG